AUGGCACCAGUAGCAGUGCAAGAUGGACCCCUUGCUGGUCUUUCCAAGGAGCCGCAUGUUCCAGCGAAAGUAGCUGAGCCGGAUAUCGAGAAACUCGUUCUCAACACCAUACGAUGCCUUGGGGCCGAUUUCACGCAGGAGUUCAAAGGUGGACAUCCUGGGACCGUCAUGGGCGCCUCAACCAUCGCUGUGGCACUGUGGCGCCACACUAUGCGCUAUAACCCCAAGAAUCCAGAGUGGUUCAACCGCGACAGGUUUGUGCUCAGCGCCGGACAUGCUUGUCUGCUGCAGUACAUACAACUUCACUUGGCUGGGUACGAUGCGUGGACGAUAGACGCUCUGAAGACUUAUCAUAAUCCUAAGUUCGGCAUCGCUGCGGGCCACCCUGAAAUCGAACAUCCAGGUAUCGAGGUCACGACUGGUCCUCUCGGCCAGGGCAUAGCCAAUGCCGUCGGUUUCGCCAUGGCAGCAAAAAACCUCGCCGCCACAUACAAUAGGCCCUCCUUCCCUGUCAUCGACAACAAGAUCUGGUGUUUUACUGGCGACGGUUGUCUUCAAGAGGGCGUUGGCCAGGAGGCGUUGAGUCUUGCCGGGCAUUUGCGGUUGGACAACUUGAUCGUUGUUUAUGACGAUAAUUCGAUCACUGUGGAUGGAAGUAUAGCGAACUGUUUUACGGACGAUACGUCGGCGAAGAUGAAAGCCGUCGGGUUCCACGUCAUCGAUGUCGAAGACGGCACCAAUGAUCUCGCCGCAGUUAUAGCAGCUCUAUCAGCCGCCAAAAACACCACCGGAAAACCAACCUUCGUCCACAUCCGCACCAUUAUUGGCUUCGGUAGCAGGAAAGCCAACACUGGACCCGCCCACGGUGUAGCACUUGGUGACGAAGAGGUCGCAUACGUGAAACAACUGUUCGGAUUCAACCCAGCGGAAAAGUUGGCCAUCAGCACCCAAGUCUACGACUACUACAAACCCUGCACCGCCCGAGGCGCACAAGAUGAAUCCGCCUGGAACGAUCUCUUCGCCUCCUACGCCUCUUCCCACCCCGACCUACACGCAGAACUCAGUCGACGAAUCUCGAGUUCCCUUCCAUCGGACAUCCUUUCUCUUCUCCCACCGAAGAACGAACUUCCAACUGCUCCACAGCCAACGCGGAAGUCGUCUGGGAUUGCUGUGCAAGCGAUCGUUCCUAAAGUCAACAGCUUUGUAGCCGGAAGUGCGGAUUUGUUGGAGAGUACGUUUGUGAGCUGGGAUGGGAUGGUUGAGUUCCAGGCUCCUGAGACAGGCCUGGGAGAUUAUUCUGGGAGACAGAUACGGUACGGGAUCCGCGAGUUCGGGAUGGUGGGAAUUGCGAAUGGACUCGCGGCAUAUCAAAAGGGCAUGUUCAUUCCUAUCUGCUCGACUUUCUUCCAGUUCUGGAUUUACGCUGCUCCUGCGGCCAGAAUGUCAGCACUACAGGGACUUCGUCUGAUCGGUAUUGCAACUCACGAUUCUAUCGGUAUCGGCGAGGAUGGGCCUACUCAUCAGCCUAUCGCCCUCGCAUCGUUCUACCGCGGCCUCCCGAAUCUCAACCUUAUUCGCCCGGCAGAUGCUGAGGAAUGCAUGGGUGCAUGGGAGGUCGCUCUCGAAGCAAAGGAUACGCCAUCUCUCUUCUGUCUCUCUCGCCAACCCGUCCCGCUCCUCGAUGGUUCCGACCGCUCCAAAGUCAAACUCGGCGCAUACCCCGUCUUCCACAACUAUACGCCCUCAUCAGACUCGGAUCUACCUGACCUUAUCCUCGUUGCCACUGGUUCUGAAGUUUCCGUCGCAAUUUCUGCUACCAAGCUUCUACCCCCGACUCUCCGCACUCGUGUCGUUUCCAUGCCCUCGCAGCACCAUUUCGAUAUUCAGCCCGUACCCUAUAAGCGGUCUGUACUCGGGACGGGUCAUUCGCUCGUAGUGGCUGUGGAAGCUUGGAGCUCGUAUGGUUGGGCGAGGUAUGCGCAUGCUUCGUUGAGUAUGCAUACGUUUGGGAUGAGUGCACCACAGGCUACAUUGUUUGAACUCUUUGGGUUCGGGGCGCAGAAUGUCAGGGAUAAGGUGUUGGAUUUUGUUGAUAGACGUAGGUCCGGUGGAAGCGACGGGAAGAUUCAGUUGCCAGAGGUUGGUGAGUUUGAGGAGUUGUUGCUGGGGUAUGUGAAGGGUCAUGGUGAGGCAUAGGUGUAUUGCAUUCCAGAAGAGUUUCAACGUUGGUCAAUGCUACUCUCGGUGUAUCCGUUUCUUUUUCCUUUUCCUUCUUCUUUUGUACUUGCAUAAUAUCAUGUUGCGAUGCG